CAGGUCCGGCCCGGAGGGCGCGGCGCCCCGGCCACCGAAGGGCUCUGCCCGAUGGGGCUUCUCCUGGGUUCCUGGCGGCGAACCUGAAGUUCACGCGCGUCUUGUCUUUGUCUCUGGAUCCGUGGGCUUGCUGCGUGUCUGUGUCUGUGUCUGAGGAGGGUUCUCUCCGGGUGCGCCCGCCGCUGGGAAUCUGUCCUAUGCGCGUCUCUGUGUGUGCGCUUCUUGGGCUCCGCGGGUGCGGGCCUGGCGCCGGGUGCCUGCCGGCCAUGCUGCUCGUGUCUGUCCUGGGGUCGGGGUCGCAGUGCUGGUCUGCCUGUCCCCAUGCCUCGGGUGGUGUUGGGCACGAACCUUGCUUUGCUGCUGUGGGAGUCUGAAUUGUCCCAGGCUUAGGGGCUUGUUGCGGCUUCAGUGGAGGCAGGAGGCGCUGCCCUCGAGGGCCCUCUUAUGCGCCAGGGGCAGAGCUUGAGGAGCCCAGGGUCCUGGGAGAACCGCCCUGCUUCCCAGUUGGGCACCGAAGCUCCAGGCGCGAAGGUCUGCAGGAACCCAGGAUCCAAAACGCACCCCCACCCCAGGGCUGAACUGGGAGACUAUGCUCAUACAUUCAUUCACUUCUGGCAGCAACAUGGGAGAGAUGCUAUUCUUAGCCCAUUUUACAGAUGAGAAAACUGAGGUACAAAGAAGUUAAGUGACUGGUACAUGGCACAGCUGGGAUGCCAACCUGGGCCUUGUGGUUCUGUGUGUGUGGCCUCAAGAGGCCACACCAGGGCAGACUUCCUCCUGGACACAGCGCCCCUGGACAGGAGGCUGGAGCAUGGCUGACCCAGGAAAAUGGAGGCUGCCUGCAGAGAACCUGGCUCUGAGACAUGCAGGGUGGGGCCUCCUGAGGAAAUGGAGAGUAACCUCUGUGCUGAGUCCCUGGGGUGGACAGGUGCCAUCCCCGCUGCUCAUUAGCAUUAUGAACUCUCCCAGAUGCCGGUGUGGUGCUAGCCACUCUCCGGCUGCCACUGUUCCUGGGAUCUCUUCCUGCGCCCCGAGGCUGGAGUGCACCCCAGGAUUAGCCAGGCAUCCGCCCUGUCUUUCUAGGCUGGGGGACUGGGAGUGUAGGGAGGCCUCUGGCACCCAGACCCUGGAACCAGCUUGGUGCUUCAGACCUCUACCCUUGGCCUGCGCACUCUGGGUGCUCAGCACCUGCAGCAGGGACUGCCUGACUCCCCAGGUACCCCAGCUGGUGGUUGGGGUCCAGACUGAUGUGCUGGCCCAGGCUUAACAUUUAACUAGCCCACGCCCCAGGCCAGCUCUCUGAUACCGGUGCCUGUUGGCCCAGGUAGUACAGAAUGGGGGUCCCCUGGAUGGGAGUCGGCCCGCCUGCUGCAAGGGCUGCUGGACCUUCCUGCCUACAGAUAGGAGGCUGGGAGUAUCAGGUUACCAAGGAAACCAAGUCAGGCCAGUCAAGGUCUGGAGAAGGACAGAGCCAGCACUCCCUGAUCUCCCACGUACCUCGGGCCCCAGUGGCCCUCCUGCAGUGUAGGGUGGGGGCUAGGUGGAGAGGAAUAGUCCUGGUGCUCCAGAGACACCCCAUCCCAGCCUCCCCAACCAGGAUCGACAGUCCUGCUGGGUAUCUUCCUGGGUCCUCUGGCCCUGCUGCCCUGUAACUGGGGCCAGUGUCCUGGGCUUGAGAGCAUUCCCUAGUUUUGAGGCAACUCACCUUCUGUAUCCCAUAGAGGGCUACUGCUUUCCAUCCCCCAGCAUCAGGAUGGGACCCAUUGGCCAUCUAUACAGGACACCAGAGUUUGGGCCCAAAGUCAGGGACUGGGCCUGGCCCAAAGUCCCAGGGACUCCCCAGUCCCUGGCAGCGUGACUGCGGGAGUGACCCUGGCCUGGCUUUUGUAUCUCAAGCAAGUGAGACUUGCUGACCCCAUUCUAGGACUCCCCAGCUCAGCAGCUUCUCUGUGCUCUGGAGACAAGCCAGAGAUCAGACACAGGGGGGAGGGACUGUCUUCCCUUGUUCUGUGCCAUCUUCUAGCUCUGCUGUAGGGCUGUGGGAUGACAGGAUGGGCUUGCAGGGCAGCGCUGAGGUGGUGGGAGAGGUGGGUGGCCAGCAUCUUAUGCUGCCCCCGAGGCAGAGAGAGACCUGGGUCCCACCUUCUAGGGCUUCCAGCCUGGAUGGAGGGUCCAGGGCUUGCUCGGGGCCUGUUGAGACAGGAGGCAGGACCUACAGGGCUGCACAGCCCUGGCCAGGAGAGCUGGUGCUGCCCAGACAAUGAGGGACAGCUUCCGCACAGGGCUGGCUCAGGCCUGGAAAGUGGACUCUGGGGAGUGGGUGGGGCAGGGGAUUUCCGAUAAGUGUUGGGACAGCUUGUCUUCCUGGUCCUGAUCUGUGGCUGUUGGGAGGAAAGGCCUGCCCAGAACAAUGGCCGGAGCCAGGCCAGACUGGGUCAGCUCUGUGGGGGAGGGGUGGCCAGGGCAGUGACCGUACCGCCUCUGUGCUGGGGCUGGGCCAAGCUGGGCGGUGAUCGGCUCUGCCUUCUGCUUCCUUCCUAGAUGCAGCUGCCUGUCCUGGGAGCCUAGACUGCGCCCUGAAGAGGCGGGCGCGGUGUCCCCCAGGCGCGCAUGUCUGUGGGCCCUGCCUUCAGCCCUUCCAGGAAGACCAGCAAGGGCUCUGUGUGCCCAGGACGCGCCGGCCUAUGGGGGAGAGCCUGCCCAGGCCCCGACUGGAAGAUGAGAUUGACCUGCUGGCCCAGGAGCUGGCCCGGCAGGAACCACCACGGCACUCCCCGCUCAGUGCCCAGCCCCAGCCUGGAGCCCGACAGCGGCAGCUGGAGCCGGCAGCCACCCUGGGGCUCUCAGAGCGCCGCCAGGGCCCCAAGCUGGGGCCCCCCUCCACUCGGGGAGCCCCUGCGCCCACGCCCCACACCUCCUUGGGCUCCCCCGUGUCGUCUCUGCCAGUGCACGUGGCCCCCUUGGAGCCCCGGGGCGGGCGCGGUGACGGACUCGCCCUCGUGCUCGUCGUGGCGUGCUCGGUAGCCGGCGCGGCCGCCCUCGCCGUGGCGGCUCUCUGCUGGUGCAGGCUGCAGCGAGACGCCCGCCUGACCCAGAAGGCCGACUACGGAGAGCCCUGA